AAAAGCAGCAAGUGGAAGAAGUCUAGCAGUACUACGGCGCGGGCAGCAGGAAGCCAGGAUUUGGAGGGAAAAUGUGGAGCAGCAAACGCAAAGAAUAUGUGACGGUCAAGGACCUGCAGAACAUUCUGGACUCGUGCAAACUACGUCUCAGCCACAUUGAUGAAGUCUGGCCCAAUAUAUACAUAGGAAACGUGACAGUGGCCCAGACCAAGUCGGCCUUAAUGGAGCUUGGCAUCACCCAUGUGCUGAACGCGGCACACGCCAAACCGGGCAGUAUCGGCAACCAGAGUUUCUACGGCAACGACUUCGAGUACUGCGGCAUACCCGCCGACGACUCGACUCACUUUGACCUGGAUGUCUACUUCAGACCUGCUGCCGACUUCAUCCACAAAGGACUGAAGUCCCCUCGUGGCAAAGUUCUUGUGCACUGCAUCAUGGGAAUGAGCCGCUCGUCCACAUUGGUUCUGGCCUAUCUGAUGAUCUACCGCCGCCUGAGCCUACAGGAGGCCCUCCGGCGGCUGGUCUGCAAGAGGGCUAUCUACCCCAACAGGAACUUCCUGGCCCUGCUCAUCGACCUGGACCUGCACCUGCAGCGCCGCAACAAUGCACGCAGGAAUAGGAAAGGGGCCUGCCUUAUCUUGUGAACCUGGCGCAAAGUUGAAAAGAGAAAUUCUGUGAAAUUAUUGACACAAUAAUAGAAAGUGAUUGUAAACAUUAUGUGAAAUUACUCAAAACUUGCCAUUUUAAUCCAAAUAUCAGCAAAAAUAUCCAAAAAUUGACAAAAAUGAAAGAUUUAAAGUAGUAUAUAAUAGUGUGAGACUCAAAUGUUUAAAAAUUUAAAAAAUCUUUAUGAAUAGAUAAAUAUGUUAUGUGCAAAUUUCUUUCAAGUAUUACCUAAAUGCAAAUGUGAACUGAUUUACAUUGCUAUAAAUGACAAAAAAAGUACAAAUUCAGUACAAGAUGUUCUUACAGUAAUACCAUGCACAAGUAUUUGAACUUUCAAAAUAAAAUAAUUUAUCAGUUCAAAUAAAAUUGUAACAUAACAUUAUAAUGACAAUUAGGUGAGGCUUAUGUUUGUCUUUGAACUGAACUAACAUGGCAGAAAUGGACCAACUAAUAUUAUUUUUGUUUGAACAGCUCUCAUGUCAAUAAAUGUGCACUUUAUUUAUUUCACUGCAUUUUGAAUUGCAAUUUUGAAAUGCUGAUCAACUAACUUUCUCUGUGUGAAUGUGACUAUUUUACUGCUGAAUUGAGAGUCCAAAUGAUGAUAAUUGUGUGCAACCU